AAACCCCAAAAUCCUGACCCUGAGCACCCCAGAAUGGGCUCAGAACCACACCAGCACUGGUCCACUGAGAGGAUUUUGAGUUGGGCUGGGACCACAUUGAAGGAGGGUCUGAAACUGGAUCUGAGUCUUCAUAAAGGACCUAAGACCUUAUGACCUAGGAUCUAAAUCCACAGGAGCCUCAAAACUACCCUCAGCUUCAGGUAUAUUUCAUUUGGGCUGGGAUUCCAUCCUGUGAUGCCCUAUUUUUUCCACCUGGCUGCAGUAACAGCACUGACAUAGCAUAAGAAGACAGAAAGGACAAGAUGCCAAAGGUGUAACUUCCAGGUGAGCCUGGCUUAGGAGAACAGCGAGUUUGUGAGGAGCUGGAGAUGUUUCUGUCUGAGAAACAACCCCUCUGUCUGAGGGGUCUGCUCCAAGAGCAGAGCCCUCUUUGACACCCAUCAAACACUGGUUUGCCUUGGGGGAAGGCGUGACACUGAGAAAAUGCAGAGCCUUUUGGGGAAGACAAAAAUACCCAGAAAGAGAACGGGGGAAGUCACUGAGCUGCUGGCAGUGUAGCAGGGGAGAAGGACAAAGGGUUAUUGUCAUGGGCAGUCCUGUGCACUGAGAGUUUUCAUCCUGCACCCCCUCCCCAAAACAGCUCUGGGGAAUGGGAUGGGAUCCUCUGUUUCCUCCAGCACUGAGGGCUCCAUAGAUGAAGCAGGAUUUGCUGGAGGGGGAGGUAAGAAAGAGCCUCUUUCCCCUGUUUCCUUCACCACAGACCAUUCCUCGUGUGUCAGUCCAAAAGCAGAGCUCCCUUCUCUUCCCCGAGCGUCAGCAGCAGCUGUGGGUGUGCAGAACACUCCGAGGCAGCACCUGAGCACCCCGAGAGCUCAGCACAGCUCUGAGCACACGAGGAGGAGGAGCAGGGUCUAAAUGUCAGUGACAUCAGGGUGCCUGUGACCUCCUCAGAGGGGCGCAGGAGGUAUAAAAGCAGAGCUGCCCGAGGAGGGUCCUGCAGGAGAGGAGGCGGCGCUGGGGCCAGGGAUGCUCUCGCUACCUCUGUGACUGGAGAGUGCUGGAACCACACCAUGGAUGGGGGCAAGCAGCUAAAGGUCACCCUUGUUUUCAGCCUGCCGCUCGUUUUUCAGUUCUGUGCCGGGGACAAUGUCACUGAUGACUACGACUCCAACAGCACCAUCGACUACAGCAUGUUUGAGUCCCUGUGUGAGAAGAAGGAGGUCCGUAACUUCCGUGCUGCCUUCCUCCCGGCCAUGUACAGCCUCAUCUGCUUCAUGGGGCUGCUGGGGAACGGCCUGGUCAUGCUCACCUACAUCUACUUCAAGAGGCUGAAGACCAUGACAGACAUCUACUUGCUGAACCUGGCUCUGGCAGAUAUCCUCUUCCUGCUGACCCUUCCCUUCUGGGCCACGAGCGCGGUCACACACUGGCUUUUUGGGAGCUUUGCCUGCAAAGCCGUCUACUGCAUCUGCAAAAUGAGUUUCUUCAGCGGGAUGCUGCUCCUCCUGUCCAUCAGCAUCGACAGGUACUUCGCCAUCGUCCAGGCUGCCUCGGCCCAUCGCCUGCGUCCCCGGAUGAUAUUCAUCAGCAAGGUGACGUGCAUCCUCAUCUGGCUCCUGGCCUUCAUCCUCUCCAUCCCUGAGCUGGUUCACAGUGGUGUCAACUACUCGGAGAGCAAUCCCCGUUGUUCCAUCAUUGCUAAUGACUUGCAGACCUUCAACACUGGCAUCAAAGUGUCCCAAAUGGUGUUUGGCUUCUUAAUUCCCCUCCUGGUCAUGUCUUUCUGCUACCUCAUCAUCAUCAAAACGUUGCUCCAGGCCCGCAACUUUGAGAAGAACAAAGCCAUCAAGGUCAUCAUCGCCGUGGUCAUCGUCUUCGUCAUCUUCCAGCUGCCCUACAACGGCGUCAUGCUGGCCAAGACCAUCUCAGCCUUCAACCAGACCAGCUCGUGUGAGGAGAGCAAGAAGCUGGACGUGGCGGAUGACGUGACCUACACCCUGGCCUGCUUCCGAUGCUGCCUCAACCCGUUCCUCUACGCCUUCAUCGGCGUCAAAUUCCGCACCGACCUCUUCAAGCUGCUGAAGGAGCUGGGCUGCCUGAGCCAGGAGCGCCUCUGGCAGCUCACCUCCUGCCGAGACAACAAGAGGUCCUCCUUCGCCAUGGAGACAGAGACAACCACCACCUUCUCCCCGUGAGCUCUUGGUCGAGCUGAAAUGGCUUUAGACAUUUUCUCCAGUCUGAACUCCUGGCAGAACAAGACCUGCCACACUGCAGAGAAGCCAAGGGGAAAAUCCAGAAGCCUCCCCCUGUUUCAAGCAGUGGGGACUGCUGGCCAACAUCCCACGGGUGGACAGGCUUUACAAUGGAGUUGUCACUAACAGCAAAGCAAGGGAGAGGUGGUGAGUUUAUAAUUUCUCCUGUCAUUUCACCUUCAGCUUAGAACUUUCCCUGUCAAAAUGAGAAAUGCUCAAAAUAGAACAUUUACCCUAAAAGCGACAAGCACCAAGAGAAAACAGACGCUGGUGCAGCAGGACUGUCGUUUGGAGCUGAGCUGCCAGGAGCAUCACCCUUGCUUUGGAUGUUGCUUUUAACAAGACAACAGCUCUGCAAUCCCAUGGAAAUGCCCUUGCACUGAGCCAGUCUGAGGCCAACCCUUACCCACAGACUUGCUCCAACACACAAGCCCAGCAGUGGAGUAUCUGAGCACACAACUGCUCUGCCUUCCCCCAUGAAACGUGAGAGAUGACCUCAGCUAAUGCUAAAUCCAUACAAACCCUAGCCAGCAUUUCAAUUACUUUGUAUAAUAUUGUAGCCACUCAUAGCUCUGUCAGGAAAAGCACAAAUUCCACUUCUGCCUGUACGCUGUUUCUGGGCUACCACCUGCUGACCUUGAGAUAAAAAUGAAUGUGGGUUUUCUCCUCCCUUCCCCAUCCUUCUGCAGGACUUCAGCUGCCUUUGAAGUCAGAUCUGUAUUUCACUCAUAAGCUACUGGGGCGUGUUUUGCAUCGGUGCUGUCGGCACCAACAAAGACACGGCCGACUGAGGUUUGAUCUGAACAGUCCCACCACUGCCAGGGCCACAGCAGCUGAACAGAGAUUAUUGUCGUGCAAAGUCAGACCUCAGAGGAGCCCAGACUGUAAUUCCAGUUGGCGCUUUUACAGGAAUUCCUGAUGACAGAUGAACGCUCUGGGAAGCGCUGCGGUGGGACAGGGGAAUGUCAGCACAGGCUGUGCAGCUGUCCCUGUCCUUGUCCUGCUCUGGUCUGGUGCUCUGGUCCCACAGCACCCACCUCUCCCAGGGCCAUCACCAGUGGAGAGAGGGCUCAGCCUGGAGCUGCUCCCAGGGCUGACAGGGGACACGUGUCCAUGUUCCCUUGAACACACAGAGCCAUGAGCAGCAAAACACUCACUAAACAGACAUUUAUCCUUUUUUAACACACGGAUCCAUCAGGAGUGACACAGAGAACUCCCUGGUUCACGGGUUUGGAGAGGAUUGCUUUAGAGAACUGAGGAUUAAAAUCAGCCUUCCAAGGCAGAAUUCACUGGCUCAGUCUGAGACAGCACUGCCAGUUAUUAACCUGGCUGCCACCAAAUCUAAACAAACUCUCCAUAAACCUCUGGUGUGUGGCAUUUUUGCCAAGGGCUGGGAUUUGGGAAGAGAGGACAUUCUGCUCCGUGUUGCCUAUCUGUGCUCAAGAGUUGAACUCAUUUUCAUUUACAAUGCCCAGGUAACUGUACAGAAGUGCUGCUUCUCUGUCACAUGAAACGGAGUGACAACUGACACUGAACAGCUAUUUACCCUUGGUUUCCUUCUCAUCCUUAUUUGGGCAAGACCCAGCUAUCAUGAUCUUGGCCAGAGCCAGGGACACUCCCAGCACGGGGUAUCUGCAGUUUUCCUCAUCAGUAACAAUACAUUGUUAAUGUAUAUUCAAUAUGUAAAGCUGCUUUACACAAAAUUCAAUCUGUUCAUGAAUGUACCCUGAGAACACUCUGCUUCCAUGGAACCUUUUCAUGCAGAAUCCAUUCACCUAAUUCCAGCCAAGAAACUGCCCCACCAGUACCUGGAGCUGUACUUGUGUCCUGUAGAUAAAAACCAUUCCCCUCCUGCAAAUGAAGAGGUCUCCAGGUCCUUACAGACCAGAUGAAUUCCAAACAGGAUAACACACAUCUGCUUCCAUAAAUGAGAUGCAGAGGUGCCCCCUGGGACAGCUGCAGCUGGUGCCUCAGAGAGGCAGUGGUGAUGUCAGAGUGCCUGGCUUUCCCUGCUUAAAUUUAACGGACAGAACAAAUUUGCAUCUAAUUUAGAUGAGUCAUGUUAAUGUUGGCCUAAGAUCCCAACCUGAAGUUCCCCAUUGAUGUCUGAAAACUGACUGUAUUUUGCUACUUGAGAAAAAUAAAUUAUAAUGGUUUAAACAAAUUACUUCUGGAUUUCCAUUGCAUUUUUUCCAUCCUUGUACAGUCCUUGUCAAUCCUUCUGUCUUGUCAGGAGCUGUUUGAUCAGCUCAGCUUCAUCCCAGUGCUGCCCUGCAGGACAGAGCGUGGAAAAUAAACUAAAUAGAAAAAUGUUGGUUUACUUCAUCUGCUGAUGGACUACAAAAGAAACAAGUCAGCAGCACAUGAAGUUUUUCUUUUAACUGUGAACCCACCUGCCUUGAUGCUGCUCCACAGCUGAGUGCACCUAAUGGCUACUCAUCAACCUUUAAGUGAAAAUUCUUUGAGCUGUAGGACUUUAUUGUUCAUGUUUAAUUAAAAUUCAGUAAUAAACCACCACGUUACUGUGAGAAUUGCUCCCAGGGAGAGGCAGCAGGUCUGGGUCCCCAUCCUCAUCCAGGGGAGAGUGGGAACUGCAACUAAAACAAUAAACACAAUGCUCCUGCCUGACCUCCCCAGUCAAUUCGUGCCUCAAAGCACUCAGGGGAGUGAGGGGGGACCCAUAUCCUUCACCAAAAGUGCCUGGUGAUUGUAACCACGGAAUCAAAGAGGAAGAAACUCACAGAACACGAGGAGACAGAAGCCUGACCCCCCCCGUGCCAGGGCUAAGGCCCAUUUCUGCUUUCACUGAGAGGUGAAAGCCUCAUGUUUUCUCCCGGAAGAGAAAGGACAGGGCCAGUUUCAGCACCUGGCCAGAGACUCCAGAAGCAUCUCCAGACUGCAGCACAACUCAAGAUGCAGAACCCCAAAGCCUGGGAUCCUUAAAUAAACACUGGGUCUCACCACAGCAAGGUCCUCAACUGCCCCAAGGCUCGUUUGUGCACAAGGUGCAGUCAGCUGGGCAGGGCUUGGAGCAAGAGCUGGGGAUCUGCAGAGAGCCACAGCCCUUGUAGCCAUUCCUCCUGAAACUCUUAAUAUCCAGGAACUUUCUUGAUUAAGAAAACAGACUCCACCUUAAAGCCCUAACUUAAACCAGUAAAACUUACCCAUCAAGCAACCCCACAAAAUCACAGCUUGGGCAACAAAUAUUGCAGCCAAGUCACACAGAACUUGCUAAAAAAAAAAAAAAAACAACGUGCAUUUUUCAGAUGGAUUUAACCUAUUUUAGUAGCUUUCACCAGAAAAAGGUGCCUAUUUCCUUUCACAGUUCCAAAUCUUCUUUAAAAAGCCAAUAAAAAUCCUGGAUCUCAUUAGAGAAUGGGGACACAGGUUUGCCUUUCACUGCAUAAAGGCAGGGGAGGGAGUGACUGCCCAGUCCCAGAUGUGUGGAGUCUGGGGGGUUCCUGCAAUCCCUGGUCCAGGUUAUUGUGGGGAAUCCUGCAUCACUCAGAACAUCACUUUUCACUGCUCUGGAUAAGUAUCACUGUUCAUCAUUUUUCCUUCCCUGACAGUUCUUUGUCUCUGAGCACGUGUAUUUUUAAGUUAUGGUUUGAAAGCCCUCAGUGCCAAAUGGAUCUGGGCUGGGUGGGAGCCAAACUGGCAGAAGGAACAAGAGACCUGGCACUGGGGGAGCUGGAAGCUGCUCCCAGAGAUCUCAGAGCGUGGCACUGGUGUGUCACCUCCCUCUCUCUGCUGUCCCAGGCACUGCCCCCCGUCACUUGAUGGGAAGGGGAAAGUUCUCCAGGCAGGGCUGUGGUUUCUCAUGUGCCACCUGGGCAGCUGCGGGAGGGAAGUCCUUGUCACCCCAAAAAAGAAUGAGCUGGAACCGAGUGAGGUAAACAAACCCUAAAAAUAAUGCCCGUGGGUGGUGGGGAAGGGUGGGGGUACAUUGCAUCAGUCAGAGUAGCUGAGAGCAGCCCAUCACGGCUUCUUUUGUAAGGAAAAAAAACCCCAAACUCCUGUUCUGGGGGUGGAGGUGUCACAUCUCAGGGGAGAACUUUUUGUACCACCAACUGUCCUUGUUGGCAAAGCUUCCCUGCCUGGGGCCACGGUGGGGUUCCAUCCAUCCCUGGGCCACGGUGAGAGGCACCUGGGGAAACUGAGGCAGCUGAGAUGCCCUUUGUGUCAUCACAGGCAGCUUCAUGACCUCAAAGCAAGUGAAUCAAAGAGUCUGACCAGGACUGUUUCCAGUCUGUAACCCACUGUUUAUGGAUUAGAUAUCCAUAUGGACUAUAUAUUUCCAUAAUCCAUAUGCUUACGGAUUAGAAUCCACUGUUCCAUUUGUAAUCCACUGUUUAUGGAUUCGAAGGUGGAGGAUCAGCUCAGAGCCAACAGUUGGCACCAAGCAGGGGACAGGAACAUGCAGUAGAGAUAUAAGGAAAAAUAACCAGA